AUGCGGCUGCUCCUCCAGUCGUCACGAGCGGAGCGGGUCGUGCGCGCGGGACUGGCGGCGGGAUUCCGACGAGCUUGGAGUCCCGCGCUUGGGAGUUCCGCCGUUCGAGAUGCCGAUGAAAUCCGCGGCAGGAGCGACGCUGCUGACGUGGCCAAGCCCCGCUCUGACUUGGCGAGGCCGCGCGACGACAUCGGAGGAAGGCGGGGUUACAGCAGCAGCAGCCUGGCGAGCCUGCUGUCUCCUCGUGCUCCGCCGCUUACCCUAGAUACAAUCAAUUCGCUGGUGCGCGAGUGUGAGUACGCAGUGCGGGGCGAGAUAGUCGCAAGAGCGCUCAUGCUCGAGUCUCAGCUGGCAGCAAAGCCGGGCACAUUGCCCUUUAAUGAGAUCAUCUAUUGCAACAUCGGCAACCCCCAGGCUCUCGGGCAGCCACCCAUCACCUUUUACAGAGAGGUCCUCGCUCUCUGCGACCACCCUUCUCUUCUGCACGUCAAGAAUCCAGACGGCUCGUCUCCUUUCAGUGCCACGGCGAGGCAGCGGGCGCAGCAGAUGCUGGACUCCAUUCCGUGUGCUGCCACGGGCGCGUACAGCCACAGCCAGGGGCUGCCGCUGUGCCGGCAGGUCGUGGCCGAGGGGAUUGCGCAGAGAGACGGCCAUGCUGCCUCGGCUGAUGAUAUCUUUCUCACUGACGGCGCCAGCCCUGCUGUGCAAAUGAUCCUCAAGCUUCUCGUGCGCAGCAAGGCGGACGGCGUGCUCUGUCCCAUCCCGCAGUACCCUCUAUACUCAGCCUCGCUUGCACUCAACGGCGGCACCCUAGUGCCCUACUAUUUGGAUGAGGGGGCGCGCUGGAGACUCGACCCCGCCCAUCUGCAAACGGCAGUGGAGAAGGCAGGAGAGGAGGGCGUGUGUGUUCGGGCGCUCUGUGUGAUCAACCCAGGGAACCCCACCGGGCAGGUGCUAGAGGAGGCGGAUCAGCAGGCGAUAGUGCGCUUCUGUGUGGACAAGGGGUUGGUGCUGAUCGCAGAUGAGGUGUACCAGGAGAACGUCUACGCACCCGACCGCAGGUUCCUGUCCUUCAAGAAGGUCGCAAGGGACAUGGGCGUUGGUGCUUCUGACCUUGCGCUAAUCUCCUGCCACUCCUCCUCCAAAGGGUUCUACGGCGAGUGUGGCAGAAGAGGAGGCUACAUGGAGGUUACAGGUAACUGGGACUAUCUGUCUGAUGUGGCCUUUGGUCUGCCCUCUGAGGAGGGGGACGAUGCCUUUCCUGUCUUCGCUGCGGAGAGAGAUGCCAUCCUCUCCUCACUCGCUCGUCGAGCCAAGCUGCUAGUUGAUGUGCUCAACUCACUACCAGGCAUCACCUGCAACCCCUCUGAAGGCGCCAUGUACGCCUUCCCCAGGCUGCACCUCCCCCCCCGAGCAGUGGAAGCAGCAGCAGCAGUGGGCAUGCUAGCAGACACUUUCUACGCGCGCCGAUUGCUCGAUGCCACAGGGAUUGUUGUGGUACCGGGAUCGGGAUUCGGGCAGGAGCCUGGGACAUGGCACGUGCGGUUCACGAUCUUGCCAAGUGAAGAUAAGAUCUCGGGAAUGAUGGAGCGGUUUGCUGAGUUCCAUGAUAGAUUCAUGCGGGAGUUCACUGUUUGA